AUGCAUUCUUUACCAAGAUUGACAAGUUAGAGUAUAAACUGCCAUAUAAGCAAUAAAUCAGAUUCUUUAAAUGGAAGAAGAUUACAUCUUGGAGAAAAUGUUCUUUAUAGAAUUCAUAAGCAAGCUCUAUCAGAAUAUUUAAAAUCUGGAGUAAUUGACUAGAAAAUAGUUCAAUUAAAUUUACUUAAAAUGAGUAAACUAAAUUCAUAAGAUCUUUCUAUAUUAAAAGAUGUCUAUACAUAGCCUUAUUCUAGUAGAUUUGAAUAAUAAUAAGCCAAAAAUAUAUUAUCUAAAGUAAAUUUAUAAGUAAAUCAAGAUUAAAACCUAAAGAAAUCCUGAAAGUAUAAAUUCAAAUGAAAAGAAUUAAAUUGAAUUGAGUUAGGAAGAAAUAGAUUUUAUGUCGGUUGAAGAACAAUUGUACAAUUUAAUAUAUAUAUAUAAAAUAGAAAACAAUGUCUAAGAUCUAAAAUAAACACUUCUAAAGUCUUUAAUGGAACAUAUCUAAUAGAUCCCACUAUAAAUGAUCUUAAGAAAAUUAAUUUAUAAGGAAAAAGAUAAUUACAUAAUUUACUUAAUAUAGAACCUAAGAAAAAAGUAUAAAAAAAAACAUCAUUGUUACAAAGGUAAUCUAGCAUUUUAAAUCCUUAACAUUGUCGUAAACCAUCUAUUCAAUUUAUGGAAGUAGAAGAUGUUACUUAAUAUAUGUCAUCCAAAAUAUUAGAAUCAAAAGCUAAUAUUGAUUAAUUAGUAGAAAGAUUUAAAAAACCUGAAAUAUCAGAAAAAUAAUAAUAUUUCUUUAGAUUAAUCUAAAAUUGUGAUUGCAAAGCAUUAAAUUCAUUAUUUUAAGAGAAAUCUUUUGAUACAUCCAUUAUAAACACACCUGAUGAAGUACUUUUUGUGAAAAAAAUUAUUUUAGAAAGGAUUCUACGCAAUUCAUUUAGCAAUCAAGAAAUAAAAUCCAUUGUUAUUAAUACUUCUGUUAAAAAAUGGUGCUAGAACUGAUUUAUUAACUAAGAAUGGAAAAUCAGUAUAAUAACUUAGUUAACUUUAUCAAAAUUAGGAAAUUAUAGAAAUUCUAGAAAGACAAAAAUAUAAUAAAUGA